GCGGGAGCCGGUCUCUGCCGCCGCGGCUGCCGCCUGCCUACGGAGCUCCGAGGCUCCCGGCCCUGGCCCGGCCGGGCCCAGCCGUCAUGACGAACGUCUAUUCCCUGGAUGGGAUCCUGGUAUUUGGUUUGCUAUUUGUUUGCACCUGUGCCUACUUCAAGAAGGUGCCUCGCCUCAGGACCUGGCUGCUCUCCGAGAAGAAGGGAGUCUGGGGUGUGUUCUAUAAAGCUGCUGUGAUUGGAACCAGGCUGCACGCUGCCGUGGCAAUUGCUUGCAUUGUGAUGGCAUUUUACAUUCUGUUUAUAAAAUGAACUCUAAGACAUCCGAACUGCCAACUGUCAAUCAAGGGGCUUGGGGCAAGAGGCCUCUCAGGGACUUAUGCCCCCUGUAGAAGAGCUG